AUGUGCCCGGAGGAGCGCGGCGCGGCGGGGCUGGGCGAGCUCCGCUCCUGGUGGGAGGUGCCGGCCAUCGCGCACUUCUGCUCGCUCUUCCGCACCGCCUUCCGCCUGCCGGACUUCGAGAUCGAGGAGUUAGAGGCAGCUCUUCACAGAGAUGACGUGGAGUUUAUCAGUGAUCUGAUUGCCUGCUUGCUUCAGGGCUGCUAUCAGCGAAGGGAUAUCACGCCUCAGACAUUCCACAGCUACCUGGAAGACAUUAUCAACUACCGCUGGGAGCUUGAGGAGGGGAAACCCAACCCCCUGAGAGAAGCCAGUUUCCAAGACCUGCCUCUUCGUACCCGCGUGGAGAUUCUGCACCGCCUCUGUGAUUACCGGCUAGAUGCAGAUGAUGUCUUCGAUCUACUCAAGGGUUUGGAUGCAGACAGUCUCCGUGUAGAACCUCUAGGGGAAGACAAUUCAGGGGCCCUCUACUGGUAUUUCUACGGAACACGAAUGUAUAAAGAGGAUCCGGUACAAGGGAGGUCUAAUGGAGAACUCUCCUUGAGCAGGGAAAAUGAAAAACAAAAAAAUGUCUCAAGUGUUCCUGGAAAAACAGGAAAAAGAAGAGGAAGGCCCCCAAAACGGAAGAAACUACAAGAGGAGAUAAUAGUGAGUGAAAAGCAAGAAGAAAACUCCUUAGUCUCUGAGACACAGACAAGAAACGGGUCCCACAGACCUGGUCAAGGCUCAUGGUGGCUUCUGUGCCAGACGGAAGAGGAGUGGAGACAGGUCACCGAGAGUUUCCGAGAGCGGUCCUCCCUCCGAGAACGGCAGCUCUACAAGCUCCUCAGUGAGGACUUUCUGCCUGAGAUCUGCAACAUGAUCGCCCAGAAGGGAAAGCGUCCACAGCGCACAAAGGCAGAGUUGCAACCUAGGUGGAUGUCAGACCACCUGUCCAUGGACUCCAUCAGACCAGAGGGGACUCCUGUACUUGCCAGGAUAGAGAAACAGAAGCGCAAGGAGGAGGAAGAAGAGCGUCAGAUUCUUCUCGCCGUGCAGAAGAAGGAGCAGGAACAGAUGUUAAAGGAGGAGAGGAAGCGGGAAUUAGAGGAAAAAGUCAAGGCAGUGGAAGAUCGUGCCAAGAGGAGAAAGCUCAGGGAAGAACGGGCAUGGCUACUGGCUCAAGGCAAGGAGCUUCCCCCCGAACUGUCCCAUCUGGACCCCAGCUCUCCCAUGAGGGAGGAGAAGAAGCCUAAGGACCUCUUUGAGUUAGAUGACGACUUCACUGCCAUGUACAAAGUUCUAGAUGUGGUUAAGGCUCACAAGGAUUCCUGGCCCUUCCUGGAACCUGUAGAUGAAUCGUAUGCCCCUAACUAUUACCAGAUUAUUAAGAUCCCCAUGGAUAUUUCAAGUAUGGAGAAGAAAUUGAAUGGAGGUAUAUAUUGUACCAAGGAAGAAUUUAUAAGUGAUAUGAAGACAAUGUUCAAGAAUUGUCGAAAAUAUAAUGGGGAAAAUAGUGAGUAUACCAAGAUGUCUGAUAAUUUAGAGAGGUGUUUCCAUCGAGCAAUGAUGAAACAUUUUCCUAGUGAAGACGGAGACACCGAUGAGGAAUUUUGGAUCCGAGAGGAUGAGAAACGAGAGAAAAGACGAAGUCGUGCUGGGCGGAGUAGUGGUGGCCACGUUUGGACACGCUCAAGGGACUCUGAGGGGCCUGGCAGGAAGCAGCCGCCCGUGGAGAAUGGAGGAAAGUCACUGCCACCGGCUCGCCGCAGCGUCUCCUCUGGGGACAGUCAGAGCAGCCGUUCUGCACAGCCUCCUCGAGAGGUGGGGACUUCCAACGGCCAGGGCUUUCCCCGCCCCUUGCAUUGCGGUGGACUGCCCAGCCAGGAGCCCCUUUUCAACCAGACGAGGCCAGCAGUACCAGGGUUACUUGGCCCUCUUCAAGGAUCAGAUCCCACCAACUUGUAUGGCUCCUCUAGAGUCCUAGAAGUCCCCCCAGGAGGCCCCUUGCAGCAGCAGCCCCCCUUUGCCAUGCAGCCUCCAGUUGGAGGAAACAGCAGCCACCGGGGCCCUCGGCUUAGAGCUCCUGAGGAGACGCACGUGUGUGGUGGGCUGACACACCUUUCCCACGCAGGGCCCCAGCCCCACGCCUUGCCGCUCGGGCAGAUGAGUUGCCCCGGUCAGGAUGGAAGCGUGUAUAGCCCAGGCCCAUUCCAAGCAGGAUUCGUUCCCCCCAGGCACGGUGGAGCUCCUCCAGCACGACACCCAGACUUCCCCGAAAGCUCCGAAUUUCCUCCAAGCCACAUGUUUCGAUCCUACAAAUACCUGAAUCGAGUGCGCUCAGCUGUCUGGAAUGGAAACCACGGUGCUACAAACCCAGGACCUCUGGGGCCAGAUGAGAGGCCCCACGUGGGGCUCGGGCCCCCUCACCAGCCACACACCCUUGGCCACAUGAUGGAUGUCCGGGGGAUGAGACCGUCUGUUGCCCCAAACCAGUGGACUAAACAAUCAAACUUCCUACCUCAUGGAGUUCCUUCCUCAGGGUACAUGCGACCCCACUGUGAGUCUGCAGGACGCCGGUCACAGCCACCUGCGGCCUCCACGCCCAGCCCUCUGUUCGGAGGGCCUUCCCAAGCCCUCCGAGGGGUGCCAGGCGGGGACUCCAUGAUGGACAGCCCCGAGAUGCUCGCCAUGCAGCAGCUCUCCUCUCGCGUCUGUGCCCCAGGUGUGCCUUACCACCCCCAUCCGAACCCCCCGUCCCCGCUACCCAGCCCGUUCCCACAGGCGGCUCCGUCAGCAGCAGUGAGGGUGUCAGUCCCCACGCCCGCCUUGGUCAACCCCGAGAGGACACAGGAUGUCAGUGAAACACAGGAGUCUGAGAAGGAUGGAGAGUCCUUGCCCGGGCUUGAAGAGAAAUCAGUCGGCAUUAGUGCUUCAGAGAGGGUCUACCUCAAACAGCUACCUCAGGCUACACCUCCCCUGCAAGCUGACUGCACCAAGCAGAGCCCGGCGCAAGAGAGAGAAUCGGAGGGCCCACAGCUCAAAGGCGACUCCUCAGAAGCUGACAACACCUGCAAAACAGCAAAGGGCAAGAACGCCUGGCCUGUGGAUAACAGCUACUGUAGCCCAGCUGCCCAGGGCUGUGUGAGAGACCUCUCUGUGGUGUCAGACAGAGGGGCUCUACCUGAAAACGGGGCCACUGGUGAGGCUUCCCCUUGCGGCUCAGACGGAAGGGGCCUCAGUGGCACUGGUUCAGAAAAGCCCCUGUGCCCCAGAGGCAAAACAGCACAGGAGACCUUGCCGUGCACAGGGCAGAGCACAGUAACACCGUCCUGUGCAGACUCCGGUUUAAUGCCAGGCUCUGUGAGCCAGUUUUCCCCCUUGUACAUGCCUGGCCUAGAAUACGCGAAUCCAGCUCCUCAUUAUCACGUCGGCCCAGGCCUGCAGGGUUUGGGCCCCGUGAUGGGGGGGAAACCUUCGGUGUCACAUCCUCAGCCUUUCCCCCCCAGAGCCUUUCAGUCCGCCAGCCCCCAUCCUGGCGUCUUUCCCAGGUUCCGCCCCCACCAGGGAAUGAGGUAUUCUUACCAGCCACCACCUCAGCCUUCCUAUCAUCACUACCAGCGAACUCCUUACUACCCAUGUCCACAGGGCUUUUCUGACUGGCAGAGACCACUCCAUCCCCAGGGAAGCCCAAACGGACCCUCAGCAAGUCACCCUCUGCCCCCGCGGCAGAGUGCUAUGGCCGAUCUGCAGGGCUGUGAGACGCUGAAUACUGCCUUAUCUUCUCCAACUCAGAUAGAUGCUGUGGCUGCUAAAGUUGUCCCAGCCGAUGGGCCAAAUUCUGGUCCUGAGGAAGAAAAGCUAGAUGAGUCUGUGGAGAGGCCUGAAAGUCCCAAAGAGUUUUUAGAUCUAGACAACCACAAUGCAGCUACCAAGCGACAGAGUGCGCUCUCAUCCAGUGACUAUCUCUAUGGAACUACCCCACCUCUGAGUUCGGGGAUGGGUUUUGGUGCCCCUGUCUUCCCACCUCAUGGUAUGAUGCUACAAACUGGGCCUCCGUACACGCCUCCGCGGUCAGCCAGUCAUUUCCAAUCCAGGGUGUACUCCUCCCCUGCAGCCGCGCAUCCACCUCGCCAUGCAGCGGCUGCCCAGCCCAACGGCCUCUCUCAGGAGGGCCCUCUCUAUCACUGUCAGGAAGAGGGCCGGGGCCACUUCCAGGCUGUGAUGAUGGAGCAGAUGGGCGCCGGAAGCGGGAUGAGGGGGUCUUUCCAAGAAGUGUGCAGACCAUCCGGUAUAUACAUGCCUCCGGUCCCGUCACAGUCCUCAUUCUCAAAGACCCCAGCACCAGCAGCACCACCAGAACAGUUGUCAUCGCAUAAGCCCCCAUCGCUUCCGCUGGGUCAAAGCUAGUCCAAGGAGAACAUAGCCCCCGAUGAAACAAAGCUGCGCAUGAAGACUGAGCAUGGAGGAUCUGGGGAGUGACCCUCGCCCAUCUCUGCCCGCCGCCCUGCUAUCAGCAGCUGGAGCCUUCGACAGGCCCUCUAGAUGACUGGCUUGCAGCGGUCCCGGGUUGCCACCUCAGCCCGAGUUCCUGCUGACUUCUCCAAGUCCUGAGACUCGGUCAGGGAAACGCGAUUUAAACUUGAGCGGGGCUCUUGGAGUGGUGCUUUUAAACUUUAUGAACAGCUCAACUCAGGAAUAUAUUUUGGGAAGGGACUACUUGUAGUAUUAAUGUUUUUGGAGCUGGGUCCAGUUUACAGAAUUUUCAUGUUGCCUUUUAAAAUACUUUUUGUUGGUGGUGAAUGUAUUGUACAUAAAGUGGGAAGGAUGGGUGGGCGUGUGAAGGAGACAGGAGUCCCGAUCGCGGCGGGCACACAGCACUGCCGUGGUCUCUCUGUCUGUUUACAGUCACGUCACACACGAAAUGCUUUGGGGAACUUGGGGAGAGGGGAGGGGAAGUUUCAUCUUGUUACACAUCACAGCCUCUGUUUCCUUAGUGACCGGCCUGUCCAGCCUUGGACAGAGAAAGCUCUCCCUUGAGUCCGGUGUACUCCUCAUCAGAGUUCACUCCUCAUCAGAGGCAUUGGGACCUUCAGCCCCAAAGGCAGGUGCUGGCGCCCAGAUGACCUAAGUCCUGGACUUGUGAAAGUGGUAUUCCAUCCUGAUUUUUCAGAUACUGUGAACUGGUGUCAGGAAUUGGACUGACGGCAGUGUGUCACUUACUAGAGGCCUCUUGGGGGUGCUGUAGAAGGGGUCACACAGAGCUUUCUAGCACAAACCACAUUUGGUGAACACGACUACUCAGGUUUGUAUGUGUUAGUCUCAGUAAAGAAAUUGCACAGGUUUGAAUAAAAAAAGUGUAUCCUAUAGAUAUACAGUUUGAACUGAAGAAUAUUUCAGUAUAUAGUUUUUAUUCAGUUAAGUGAAUCAUAGUAUAAUCAGCUAUGGUGAUUUAAAUUAGCUGUCAAAUAUAAAUUAUUAGGAAGCAUUUUGUCAUAUCUGAUAGGAAACAAUUUUACAGUAUUAAAUUGUUUAUUAUGGAUUUACAAGUUAAUUACACUGGAUCCUCCCUGUUUAGCAUUCUGUGUUUUAUUUUAGCUAAGAUGCCACCCAAGUUUGGGCCCAUCUUUAAACUUUUAAAUAUCCCACAAGGAGAGACAGGAAAUAGCCUGAAAUUCCAGUUUAGUAAGGAAUAGCAUUUUUUUGGAAGCAUGCUUUUGGGGUUAGUAGAAGUCUUCAUAAAACGUGCAUCUUUAGUUUCUUACACACUUAGCUGUGCGCAGGAUUGGUAGAACCCUUCCCUCCAGUUCCAGUUUCCUCAAUAAAUGGGGAACUGAUAAGCUAGGUGUGGUGGUUCGUGUCUGUAAUCCCAGCAAGUGGGAGGCUGACGCAGGAGGAUCGUGAGUUCAAGGCCAGCCUGGGUUAGGUACAUGGUGAGGCCUUAUCUUUCUUUGUUUGUUUUUUAACUUGAGAACUGUUGUUUACAAUCCGCUAAAUAUGCGAUCAGAAGGAAAGGAGCUAGACUGGUAGCAUCCAGGCUCUAGAAGUGAAUAGACGCAGCAUCCACACUUCUUGAAAAUUCAUCCCAGGAAGUGAACGCUUGCUAAUGUAAUGUGGUGAGAUGGAGAGGGAGGAACACAGAUGGCCUCUGAGGUAUGUAGCAUAUGAGCGGUUUUCUGUAACAGACUUCAUGUUACAUUUGUUACACCUGUGAGUCAGUUGAGUUGUGAGGCUGAGUUCUCAGGUAGGUGGACGGAUCAGUUUGCCCUCAGGCUGGCCUGUGCUGGGAUGGACAGAGCAGCUACUCCAGUUUGUGCAGGGCGCAGAAAGCAUCUGUGUAAUCCUGAGCCUGAGCCCAGUCGUCCUGCCACAGACGGGGCUUUGUCCAUAGCGCUAAAGCUGUAGGUACACUGUAUACACACCACAUUAGUUGCCGCUUCCCCCUCGCUCCCGGAGUGCUCUUUCCCCGUGCUCUGCUCAGAGAUGCUGUGAUGAACAAGUUACUUCCUCCUGUGUCCCCGGACCCCCCUCCCCUCCCCCAGUUUACAGGCAACUGAGAACAUGCUGCGAGUAGUAGGUAUCUGCAACACUAUGAGCAGGAACAGCACAGUGGCCUCGGAUGCAUCCUGUUUGCGCACUUGGUGGCCGUCAUCCCUGUCUGGGCAUGUCUCCCGCUUGUAGUGGUCUUUGGAGAGUAGGAUCAGCUGACAGUUGCCGGGAGCCUCUGAGAGUCCCACAUUCAGUCACCCCCCAGACAGGACCCCUCAUUUUACCUUUCUCCUCCUCCGGCUUUUCUCUUUCCAAGUGCACUAAGCAGAUGUGAGAAUAGUGGGCAAAGCAUCUUCCAAAGGACAUGUACCCUACACCAGGCCACCUGCUGUGGUCCCUGGGGAUCCUUGGAAGCACUGUCAUUGCUGUUUACCACUCAGGAUGAAUAACUUAGAAACUGGUUCCUCAAACAAAGCCACGGAGAAACAAAUAUCCAGAAACAAGUCGAGCCUUCCAGGUUUCUGCCCCUUGUCAGUCGGUUCAUUUAAAAAGUAGCAGGAAGUUUUGGCCACGAUUUGUUGUGACAGAUGAAUAUGGAGAAGGAUAUGCAAGAUUCUUUGAUUAUUAGUUUCUGUUUCUCUCUCCCCUGCCGCUCCCACUCCCUCCCCCCAGCUACUAGGAUUUUAAAUUCAGGGCUGCGCACAUCCUCUCCCGUCCCUGCCCCCUAGCCGGUCUGAUCGUUAAAGCUGCUCCAUCUCCUGCGUCGGGCUGGUUUGGUUUUGUGGUAGUGCCGCCGAGUCUGUUUAGCCACCUUGUAGUGUCGCGUGGCAUGCGUCAGGCUGUCCCCUCAGAAGGCAGAUUCCUGCUGGCUUUUAUGAAACUGUUGGUGGACUUUCUGCUCUGUGCUGCCCAUCUUAGUCAUGGUCAGUUCACUCUAGCCUUCCUGUGGAAUUCUCUCCUGACCUUUAUAGUUACCUAAGGGUAAGCUAAAUGCUGCCACAAAUACAGCACCCUGGUGCUGGCGUCCCCAUGGUCAGCACGGAGAAGCCUUGAAGUCAUCCCGCUUGGCCGGGCUCUCUCUCUCCCCUCACUUCUCCUCCCCCAUCUUUCUUAUCCAUGAGUGGCACACAUCUCUUAAAAACGAAUGUGAAACUCCACCCAGAGUCUUAAUCCAGAGUUCCAAGAGCAGGGUAUGAUGACCUUAGUCACCGCUGGCAUUUACCUAUGUCUGCCCCUUUAUCCGCUUGUUCCGGUCCUCAUGGAGACCCGCUGUGGACGAGUUGCCACCGCUUACUGCUGGAGGUUUCUGGAAUGUAGUCUCUCAGCAGAUAGCAUUUUGGACAAAACUUGUAGUGAGGACAGUGGCAUUUGUGCCAGCAGGCAAUUGUCAUUUCUAGUCCCAUGUCACUGGUCACCAGGAAUGUGGCCGAGCUGCGCUAGGUGAGAAGAUAACCAGGGUAGAUGUUUUUGUCCAGUGGCUUCAGAUCUCCCUCAAAGCUUUAGCAUCGGAGCUUUGCCUUUCCACUGGGAAGAUGCAGUUAGAGUCUUCUUUGCUUAUGUCCCAGCUCUCAGAGAAACAGGACACAAGCUUUGUCUGCAGCCCUCUCCGCUAGCUAAGCACACGUCUUCCCUGGCUUGGGUUCGGCACCUCUUGUUGUUCGUUCUGACUUAACUCUUUAGUAGUAGACAUGCCUGAAAACCAGCUGUUU